CAUACGCCAUGCUUUUAGGCAUUGCCUUUUUUUAAAAAAAGUUCUUAGAAUGUAUCUAUGUAUCAUGGUUGAAUUAUCCCUAAGACAGAACAGAAUCCCAGUGGAAGAUCUUUCUGAAGUGGCUGACAUAAUUAAGAGCUGGGGUGGGACCCUGUCAAAUGAUUUAUCAUUGUGAUUAACCUGAAAAAAGUAAAACAAUAAUAACAGCCUACCUGAAGCUUUAACUCUGUUCUAUACAUGAUAAAUACAAGAAUGAAUGUCAGAAGAAACCUCAAAGGCUUUCUUUGACAUUAGCAGCAAACAGAAAACAACAGUCACUGAGGCCUUUGUUUACUGUUUUAGAUACUACAAAUAAGCACUGUCAUGCUCUGUUAAUACAUCCUAUUAUCUGUCUCUGAAAAAUACAACUGCUAAAUUAGUGACAUCAUGGAAGAGCCAUAGAAUACAUUGUGAGUAAUAAAAAACUCUUUUUGUAAAGGCAACGGCCUCUGUGUCUGUCAUCUUACCAUAACCAAUAAAAACAAAUCCUGGGUUCAUAUUAAAAUAGUCUAAGCAUAUUAUUAAAAAUUUUCCUACCUGUAUACUCCAUUUCUUUGAAUGCUUCAAAUACUAUCACUAGUUUUUGCAUCAAUACUUCUUCUUGUAUAUAUGUAUUACAUAUUCAUUCAUUUAUUCAUCCAAAUAUCUACACAAUGCCAGGCCAUACAGGAGAGACAACAAUGGAAGACAAAAUCCUUCCCCUCAUGGAAUUUAUACUCUAGGAAUUACAGUGAUGAGUGAGGUGAAAGGGUAUAUAUUUUACUUCAUUUGAAUCCCUACUUUUCUUCUCAGUGCUUCACAUAUAUAAAUAUUUCAUAACAUUUGCUGAAUGAGAAAAUGAUUUGGCCAGGCGUGGUGUCUCAUGUCUGUAAUCCUAGCACUUUGGGAGGCUGAGACGGGAGGAUCACUUGAGCCCAGGAGUUUAAGACCAUCCUGGGCAAUAUAUUGAGACCUCGUCUCUAUGAAAAAAAACUUUUUCUAUAAAAAAUAAAAAUAAAAGAAAAUGAUUCCUUUCCUUUGUGCAUCAGAAGCCAUUUUCUCUAUCCUUUAUUAUUGAAUAGUUGUUUACAGUUAAGAGACUUUCAAUGGGCUUAUCUCACUUGAUAAAUAUCAUAAAGUAGACCGAUGUUAUAUGAUACAGUAAUUCAAGCAGUUGGACUUCACUGAAUGAGCAACCUUACUCACCAAUCACUGGUAAUGCCUGGAGCUGACAUUAUUUCACACCUGUCAUACAUAUCAUUAAAAAAACAAACAAAAAUCAAGAACAUCUGAAGGAGGAGAAAAACAAAAAUUAUACUUCUCUACCCUUGAUUCAAUAAUUUUGUAAAUAUUUUUACAUUAAAAAAGACUGGAUAUGUGUGAAGUUGGGGAUGGGGGAAGAUGGAGGGAAUGAUUUCAAGGGCAUUGAUAUAAUCGAUAGCACUGAAAGUUAAAUAAGUCAUGGAAAUUGUUGGCUAAGGUCCUUAAGGGGCUCUAAGGAGGCCCUAAGGCCCUACAGUCCUAUGGGGUAAUCAGUUGCUCUCUCAGUAGGAACUUAAACUAUGUCCCGGAAACUAGCUCUAAAUCUCUAAUCUACAUGUCUUGCAAGUAAGUAAUUAUUAAUAUUUUAUAUUUUAAACAUAUGUAACAUCUUAUAAGGAAGGACAGGAGUCUGGAUUUUUUCUCAGUGUCUCACUUUCUUACCUAUAUGAGGGAAUCAGAUUACCUAUCAAAGCAGAUAUUACUGUUGCAAAUUCAGCAUUCAUCUAUUUAUCUCUCUUUUCUGCCUUUUUAACACAGCCCUAAUUUCAUGCAUUCUCCCCAGAGUGUCUGUGUCCUUUAGGAGAGGCUGGCCUUCUCCUUAGCCCUGGGAUAUAAAUUUCAACUGUCCUAAUCCCACCAUGGAGGCCUUACCUCCCUUGUUAGUGAUAGACAUUAGCACUCAAAGCAAUUUCAGUUAAUAAGACAUGACGGAGAAAUCUGCCGAGGAAAAAGAGUUUCCUUAAUCUUAUAAAGGGGCAAAAGAUAAAGGUGUUCCCCUUUUUGGUCUCUGAACAUUAUCUGUAAUCUAGAACUGAGGGAAUCAUUUUAGGACCAUAAAGGAAGCCAGACUGGAGAACAACACACUUAAAGAUGGCAGAGCCAAAAGAAGGAAGAAACCUGUGUCCUUGACAAUAUUGUCCAGAUGCAGAAGUAAGCAACCCUGGGAAUGAUUUUAUCUCUAUGCAUCUAGCUAUUAGGAUUUGUUUUAAAAAGGCUUAAACAAUAAGGACAUUUAGUAAGGUUCCUGUUACUGCAGCCAAAAGCAUUUCAACUAAUACGCCUUCUCUCUUUCAAUAGUUUCACUCUUACGUAGUAGGUUUCUCAAUAUAACAAGGUGUGUUAGGUUGGAUGCAAAGAUAACUGCCAAAAUUUCCUCCUAUGAUCAAGCUGCUUAAUGUCUAUUUCCCUUUUCCACCAUUCUAGUCCUUCUAUCAUGGAAUACUGCAGAAAAAUAUAAUGCCAGUUACAGACUCAGGCUUUAAGAGAAUUAGCAUCUUUCCUCCUCCUUCACUCUCUUGGAAGCCAGUCACCAUGUAAGAAAGUUUAGGCUAAACUCCUGAAUGGAGAGAGGCCUUGUGGAGAAGAAUCAAGUAACUUCAACCAAGAGGCAGCACCAAGACUUCAGCAAUUUGAGUGAAGCCAUCUUGGACCUUCCACCCCAGUUAAGUGAAGAUAGCUGACACCUCAUAAAGCAGAGACUAGCCAUCUCCGCUAAGCCCUGCCUGAAUUCCUGGCAACAGAACUGUGAGCAAUAAAACAUCUGCUGUUUUCAGUCACUAAGUCUCGAAGUGGUUCAUUAUGAAGCAAUUGAUAAUUUAUAAACAAAUUAAUAUUAUUUAGUUUUUUGCUUUGUAAAAUUGCUGUAGUCAUUUCACAAUGAUAAAGAAUUAUGAGUCACUAAUAGCUUUGAAUGCUAAUGAACAUUUUUCUCAAAUACGUGUUUUAACAGUCUUGGCUCACAAAGGAGAAUUUGUUUCUAUGUAUGUAUGUAUCGCUUCGUUAUUAUCCUACGUACUUUUUUUAAUAUAACAUUUUAAAAAUAUAUAACAUUUAAACAUGUAAAAUGUAACAUUUUAAAAAUAAAUACAAAUAAAUGGGAAACGACUUGCAACAAAUGAGUUGCUAUCCUUAAUAAGCAAAGAAUUCUCACAAAUAAAAAAGAAAAAUCUUACUCCCUUAAUUUUUUAAAUGGGAAAAGCCAUCUCUGAAGAACCAUAAAUGGUCAAUAAACAUGAAGGGCACAAAGUUGAAACAUGAGGCAUCAUUUUUCAUCGACUAAAUACCCAAAGAAAAAUUUAAACAGUAAGACAAUACCAGCAAGCUUCCACUGAAGAACUGGAAGAGCCUAAGAUAGGCUCCUGGAGUCUACGAUACCAGUCUCCUUGAACUAUGGGGACGUGGACGUCCCCGGUCACAAGUUGCCUGACUUUGGGCGAUGUCUAUGGCUGUAAAUUUGGGAUUAUACAGCCACAGCAUAGAGCUGUUGUAAGGCUCCAGUGAUACUCAUAGGCAAAAGCAAUAUAAGUGACUGUUAGUUUUUGUUCAGCCUAUUCAUCCUUACGUUUACUUUUGUCGAAAAAGAUCUGGAAGAAAAUCUGAGGGUUUUUUUUUGAGACGGAGUCUCGCUCUGUCGCCCAGGCUGGAGUGCGGUGGCACAUCUCAGCUCACUGCAAGCUCCGCCGCCCGGGUUCACGCCAUUCUCCUGCCUCAGCCUCCCGAGUAGCUGGAACUACAAGCACCUGCCACCAUGCCUGGCUAGUUUUUUGUAUUUUUAGUAGAGACGGGGUUUCACCGUGUUAGCCAGGAUGGUCUCUAUCUCCUGACCUCGUGAUCCGCCCGCCUCGGCCACCGCGCCCGGCCUAAAAUCUGAAUAUUUUAAUGGAAAAUUUGGGAGUGAGAUUCCGGAAUUACUUGACACCAACAAUGGUGGGUGGCGCCAGGAGAAAGCCUGGGUGGGGACAGCCCAGGCGGGAUGCGGGGCCCUCCAGGUGCCGUCGCUCACAAGGACUCCCGACUCCUAGCGCACCAUCGCCUGGGCUUGGAGGUUCCGCCGGGCUAGCAGCUACCGGGAGAAGGCGGUGGGAACGGUAGAGCUCGCGGCUCUGAUUGGCUACCUCAGAGCAAGGGGCGGGGCGGCGGAGGACCCGAAGGGCGCGAGAGCGGAACACUGCGUACGCGCACUUCCGGUCUUUGUGGCUGGCAGCUCGGGGUGGGCGGCUCAUUUCCUGGCCGCUCCUGGGCUUCGCGGAAAGAAGAGAUUACUCACACUCCUUCUCAAGCACAGAACCAGUUGUACUGAGCUUUUUGCUAAGCUGUUUCAGCCAAGAAUGGCUGUGGAAUCUGGAGUGAUUUCAACCCUGAUACCUCAGGAUCCUCCGGAACAAGAACUAAUACUAGUGAAAGUAGAAGAUAACUUUUCCUGGGAUGAGAAAUUUAAGCAGAAUGGGAGUACUCAAUCCUGCCAAGAAUUGUUUCGUCAGCAAUUCAGAAAGUUUUGCUACCAGGAGACACCCGGGCCCCGGGAGGCUCUGAGCCGACUCCAGGAACUUUGCUAUCAGUGGCUAAUGCCAGAGUUGCACACUAAGGAGCAGAUCUUAGAACUGCUGGUACUGGAGCAGUUCCUGAGCAUUCUGCCUGAGGAGCUGCAGAUCUGGGUUCAGCAACAUAAUCCAGAAAGCGGCGAGGAAGCUGUGACCCUGUUGGAGGAUUUAGAGAGGGAGUUUGAUGACCCAGUGCAGCAGGUCCCAGCUAGUCCACAGGGACCAGCAGUGCCAUGGAAGGAUUUAACAUGUCUCAGAGCAUCCCAAGAGUCAACAGACAUCCACCUCCAGCCCUUAAAGACACAGCUGAAAUCCUGGAAACCGUGCCUUUCCCCUAAAAGUGAUUGUGAGAACAGUGAAACAGCAACAAAAGAGGGCAUCUCAGAAGAAAAAUCACAGGGACUCCCUCAGGAACCUUCAUUUGGAGGAAUUAGUGAGCAUGAAAGCAAUUUAGUGUGGAAGCAAGGAAGUGCUACAGGGGAGAAACUAAGAUCUCCUUCCCAAGGGGGCAGUUUUAGUCAAGUGAUCUUCACAAACAAAUCUGUAGGAAAGAGAGACCUUUAUGAUGAGGCUGAAAGAUGCUUGAUUCUAACUACAGACUCUAUAAUGUGUCAGAAAGUUCCUCCAGAAGAGAGACCUUAUAGAUGUGAUGUAUGUGGGCACAGCUUCAAGCAGCAUUCCUCUCUAACACAACAUCAGAGAAUCCAUACUGGAGAAAAGCCCUAUAAAUGUAACCAGUGUGGGAAGGCCUUUAGUUUGAGGUCCUAUCUUAUUAUUCAUCAGAGAAUUCAUAGUGGUGAGAAAGCAUAUGAAUGUAGUGAAUGUGGGAAAGCUUUCAAUCAGAGCUCAGCCCUCAUUAGACAUCGGAAAAUCCAUACUGGUGAGAAAGCUUGUAAAUGUAACGAGUGUGGCAAAGCAUUCAGUCAAAGUUCAUAUCUCAUUAUACAUCAAAGAAUUCACACUGGUGAGAAACCUUAUGAGUGUAAUGAGUGUGGGAAAACCUUUAGCCAGAGCUCAAAACUCAUUAGACAUCAGCGAAUUCACACAGGAGAGAGACCCUAUGAAUGUAAUGAAUGUGGAAAAGCUUUCAGGCAGAGCUCAGAGCUGAUUACUCAUCAGAGAAUACAUAGUGGAGAGAAACCCUAUGAAUGUAAUGAAUGUGGAAAAGCUUUCAGUUUGAGCUCAAACCUUAUCAGACAUCAGAGAAUUCAUAGUGGAGAGGAACCUUAUCAAUGUAAUGAAUGUGGCAAAACCUUCAAAAGGAGCUCAGCCCUUGUUCAGCAUCAGAGAAUUCAUUCUGGGGAUGAAGCUUACAUAUGUAAUGAAUGUGGGAAGGCUUUCAGGCACAGAUCAGUCCUUAUGCGCCAUCAAAGAGUCCACACUAUAAAGUAAUUUGUGAAUACUGUGAAUAGUGUAAAUACUUCAGUCAGAUUUUUAUGUUUGUUAGUCAAAAGAGUUUACUUUGGAGCAAAACUCCAUAAAGGUUAUAAAAUACUAGGUCUUGAGUCUAGCUUGCUUUGUGCAGCAUUUCCCAGUGCUAGUGUAAAGUGUCCCUUGAAAGCUUUUCCUGUGACUAAUCAGAACAGAAUACAGAAGAAUCAUUACUUCCAGCUCUUCUCUUAUUAGGAAUACUCAGGAAAUACGAAAAGUGGGAAUGUAACAUUGAAACCUCAUUUUGUAUGAAAGUGUCAUGAAAAGAAUAUAGCAACCCAGGCUCUGUCACUGCAUCUGAUUGUUAGUGUGCCAGGUUAUGAGGCUGGUGUGGACUGUGUGAGGCACUUUGUCUCAGGAACUAAAAAAAAAAAAAAACUGACCCAAUAAAGAACAGUGACAGAGCAGCAAGAAAGGUGGGGAAAUGGCUUCAUCAGUGAUUUGUUGAGCCCAGGGCAGGCCAGGAAUUAGAUAGGCGUGAGAAGAAAGAAUAUAAUUGACCCAAAGGUUAUUUUUUGAGUACCUACUUUGUCCCAGGAACUAGGAAUACAGUGGAAAACGACUGUAAUCUCUAUAGUCUAAUGGGCAAGGCAGCCAAAUAGGCAGUGAAAGUGGAAUGCUCCUAUGUGACCUUAAGGAGCACCUGACUCAGCCUUGGAUAAGGAAAUGGGGGAAAUGGCCUGAAGGAUGAGGAGGAGUUAGCCAAGGUGGUACUCCAGGGAAGUGGUACCCCAGUAAAGAACAGUAGCCAAAGGCUAGAAACAAAGUGUGGAGCAUUCCUUGAGUUCCUAUUGUAGUGAGGUCUUGUCUAUCAGAGAAGUCUGGGUCUGGCCAGACUCUUAAGCAGUGCCAAUGGAGAAGUUCCUGUUAAUAGACAAAACCUGGAGCCCUUGGGCCACAGGGUAGUCAAGAGCUUUGUCUUGGUUUAUGUGACCCCAGGGAAAGGGCAAAUAUGUGGUUUCCUUGCCCAACCUGUAGGCUAUCCUAGAACUUCCAUGAGGGUAGUGGUGGGAAUGAGGGUGAGAAAGAGCCCAGCCUAUACCUCAAGAGUGUUAGAGUGUUAAGACUCUCUCUCCCAUCCUUAAGAUUCUCCUUUGAUUCUAAAGACAAUAUCAGAGCUGCUGUCAGGUUUCUUAUAAUUCCCAAGGCUCUGGAUCAGAAGCUGCCAUAUCAUUUGUUUCUGGGGCUAUAUGCCCACAAUUCCUAGUACCCUAGUACAUUCCCUUGGGCUUUGGUGCUCAGAAAAUAUUUGUCAGUUGCUGGUUCUGUGACAUUCUUUGGGCACCUCGCACAUGUUCAGUUUUGUCUUAUGUCACCAGUAUUUCACAAUAUCUUUUGCAAUUCUUUUUUUUUUUUUUUUUUUGAGAUGGAGUUUCGCUCUUGUUGUCCAGGCUGGAGUGCAAUGGCAUGAUCUUGGCUCACCGCAAACUCUGCCUCCCGGGUUCAAGUGAUUCUCCUGCCUCAGCCUCCUGAGUAGCUGGGAUUACAGGCAUGCACCACCACAGCCGGCUAAUUUUGUAUUUUUAGGAAAGACAGGGUUUCUCCAUGUUGGUCAGGCUGGUCUCGAAUUCCCGAUCUCAGGUGAUCUGCCCGCUUCGGCCUCCCAAAGUGCUGGGAUUACAGGUGUGAGCCAUGGCGCCGAGCCAUCUUUUGCAAAUUUUAUUAAAGACAAUGCUAAAAGGAAGUGACAGCUGAAACUAAUGGUCAUAGUCAGUCGAGACUUCCCUUUUCUGAGGGGCCUAGCAGGAAGAGAAUAUUUAGACUGAUGCUUAGUGUGAGAUGGAAUCUUGUACAGGUUAACCAGCAACACAAAGACAUAUUCAAAAGACCUAAUAGGUCAGAAGAAUAACACACCACACCAAAAACAAAUCUGUAUGGAAAUAUAGAAUCAUGUGCAUAGAAAAAGAAUUUUCAUGAGGAUAAAAGGAAGCAAAGAGAAGUAAUGCUCUUAUUGGGGCGUACAUCAGUGGACAUGUGCUAACCAGUAAGAACAGCAGGAGGCCUAAAUGCCCAUGUUUAGGGGGAGAAUAUGGAAAAAAUGGAUGGGAUUAUUUGGAAAAGAUGUAAGAUAUUAAAAUACGUGGUAAGAGCUACUCGACUCUUGUUUUCCUCUUCCAUAGAUAAAGACCUGAACAAACUGAAAAGGUAGGACGUAAAGUAGGAAUUGUAAAACGGAAAUACUCUUUAUAUAAGAAAGCUCUACUGUAUGUCAGUAAGCAGUGUAAUAGAUAGGCAAGCACAGUGGCUCACACCUAUAAUGCCAGCACUUUGGGAGGCCAAGGCUGGAGGAUUGCUUGAGUCUAGGAGUUCAAGCCCAGCCUGGGCAGCGUAGUGAGACCCCAUCUCUACAAAAAAUAAACAGAAUUUGCCAGACGUAGUGCAUGCCUGUAGACCCAAGUAUUUGGGAGGCUGAGGUGAGAGGUUUGCUUGAGCCCUGGAGGUCGAGGCUUCAGUGAGGCAAGAUCACACCACUGCAGUCCAGCCUGGGAGAGCAAGAUCCUGUCUCCAAACCAAAAAAAAGGAAAAAAAAUAAAUGUAAUAGAUACUUGCUAAGGGCUUUGUAUAUACUUAUUAAUGUUAUUUCUCAGCACGUAUGUAGCAAAUGAGGAAAUGAAGGCUAAAGGUCGUAUAUCUACAGAGUGGAGAGGUCAGACUUUGAACCCACAACCUGACUGUGGAGCCACUUCAGUAUACUCUCUCCCCAUAAGAAAGUUCCAAUAGAAAAAAAAAGCUACUUAAGUAGGGAAAUCACAAAAUAAGUGCCAAUGAACAAUAAAUGUUCAAGCUCACUACAGUUAAAAUGUAUAUUAAAGCAAGAGUUGAGAUGACACUUUUCCUUAUAAAACAGACAGGGAUUCAGGGACAUUGGGACUCUAAUGCUGCUGGUAAGACGUGAAUAAAUAUACAUACCGUCUCUGGCAAUCAGUACCAGAAGCCUUAAGCAUUGCCUUUUGACUUUGAAACUGUACCUGGAAAUGUAUGUUUCAGUAACCAUCAUGAAUGUACACAAAAUCCUGAAACUCUUAAAACUGAUGUCACAGGCCGGGCACAGUGGCUCAUGCCUGUAAUCCCAGCACUUUGGGAGGCUGAGGCGGGUGGAUCACCUGAGAUCAGGAGUUUGAGACCAGCCUGAUGAAUAUGGUGAAAUCCCGUCUCUACUAAAAAUACAAAACAGCCGGUGUGGUGGCAUGCGCCUGUAGUCCCAGCUACUUGGGAGGCUGAGACAGGAGAAUUGCUUGAACCUGGGAGGUGGAGGUUGCAGUGAGCCGAGAUUUUACCACGGUAUUCCAGCCUGGGUGACAGAGUGAGACUGUGUCUCAAAAAAAAAAAAACAAAAAAACUGAUGUCAAUUAAUGUUAAAUGAAGUAUUCAUGAUAUAUUGUUAAGUAAAAAUAUUACAAAACAAUAUGUACAGUAUGAUCCUAUGUAAAAUAUAUAUUUAUGUAUUAAAAAUACUGAAAACAAAAA